UAUGACGUAACAAAAGAAGUUCAAUAGUUUAAACUUUCACUGACGUCAAUCUGAAUCAGUUUUCGUGUAACUGCGUUUUUGAUUCUUCUGAUAACGAAUUGAUAAAAUUAAGAGUUCAGCUUUCAGCUGCACAUAUUACUCAGAUUACUAUUGUUUCAUUAUUUAUGUCAUAGAUUUAUAAUUUUCGCGUUUCAUAUGUUAUUUCAAGUGUUGUUGUUUAUUUUCUAAUUAUAAUAAUAUUUUUGUCACCAUAUUACGAACAUCGCGACCUACGAUAGUUACUAGUUAACCCGUUCAGUGAGUCAGACAGAUUUGCUAAUAAUACCACCGAUUGCCAAAUCAUUACGGUCGACAAAAUGUUUAAAUCCAAUUUUGAAAAAUUGUUAGGUAAAAUUUACACUGUAAUUAUUUUACACUUGAUUAGAAUUUAUGUGUUGGAUCUAAAUUUACAGAUAAGGUGACCAGCCAUUUGCUCUUAGAACCAGAUUGGCCGUCGACAUUAGAAAUAUGUGAUACAAUAAGACAGAAAGAUGUCCAGUAAGACCAUUAAUAACAGUAUUUUUAUCUGUUAAUUAUAAUAAUAUUAAUAAUGAUUAAAUGACACAAUACAUUCUUAAACAUCAUUCUAAAUGUGUUUCAUUAUUUUCUCUUAAAUGUCUAAAUAGAUUUUACGUUUUAUUUAUGUAUUAUCUUUAAUCAGAGAUGGUGCCCAUUAUAAUGCCUAAUUCAUAAUUCUACCUAGUAGGUUUAUUUUCGCAUAUUAUUUUAUUGGUUUCAACGUGACUUUCAGUAAAAUGUUUCCUGUAUUACCAUAAAUAAAUAAUAUAAAUACCUAUUAAUAAUCAUAAUAUAUUUAUCAGAUAAAUUACGGUUAUAUGAAACAGAAAAGUUUUUACAAAUUUCGGCUUCUAAAUUAGGAACCUACUUUUAUUACUUAAGUACCAUUUAUUUUUAUUUCAAUAAUUAUUUCACAGCCAGAUUUUCUAAUUUCUCUCAUAUUGUAUCAUCAAUUUGUUGAUAAUAAAUAUUAAUGAAAAUUUUCAGACCAAAAUUUGCCCUCAACGCUAUUAAGAAAAAACUUGCAAGCCCUAAUCCUCAUUCAGCUAUGUACAGUUUGUUGGUAUGUACUUAUAUAUAAAAUCAAAAUAUGAAUACUUUUUUCUUAAAGGUUCAAAUAUUCUGUUUAGGUUUUAGAAUGUUGUGUUAAAAACUGUGGCCAAUUAGUACAUGAUGAAGUUGGUACUAAACCGUUUAUGGAACAAAUGAGAGAAAUUAUUAAGACAACUCCACACGAAAACGUAAAAAACAAAUUACUCGAGCUCUUACAAACUUGGGCAUUUGCUUUUCGGACUAUUCUCAAAUAUUGUGCAGUUCAGGUAAUUCGGAUGUUUUUUAAUGUGUGUUUUUAUUGAAUUAUUUUAAAAUUAUAAUCAUUGCAUAUUUGACUUGAUGUACAAGGUGAUCAGCAAAAAAUAAGACUCAUUAUCCCAGAAAGUAUUAACCGUUUUUAGAAUUGUUUUUUUUAGAUAAUUUAAGAAACAAACAGCUCUAAAAUGUUAUAUUACUUAUAUUUGUUAUCACACUUAUUUUUGGUCUACCUACUUAUGCAACCUAUAUUAAAAAUUCCAUAUAUAGAUGAGAUUUCACUUUAAAUCAAUUUUGAUAUUUUAAUGUUUAAUUUUUGUCAAUGGCCGACAAAGUAUUCCACUUGUAAUCAUUUACGUGUCAUUUAAAUAUUGCUUUAUCCCUACCCUGAAGUCGUCAAAUUUUAAGUGGAAUACUUUGUCAACGGGUUAACAGAGAUUAAAAAUUUCAACACCAAAAUUUAUUUGAGCUAAAACUUCAUCUAUUCGUGUAAUUUUGAAUAUAAGCUACUGUUUGAAAAUCUAAAGUGGGUACCUAAUCUUUUGUUAAAACCAAAAAUAAGGGUGACAAACUUUUCAGUAAUGUAACAUUUUAGAACGGAUUUUUUUAAAUGUUCUAAAAAACAAACUCCUUCAAAGAGUUAAUAUAUUUUAAGAUAUCGAGAGUCUUAGGUAUUGUUGAUCACUUUGUAUAUUUAAAUAUUGCUAUUUAAAAUUCCAUAAUCAUAAUCCAUAAUAUCUUUGAUUGUACAUAGAUUUAUAAUCAAUGGUAAAAUAUUGUUUUAACAUGAAAAAAAAAAACAAAUAAACAUAUGUUUAUUUAAUAAUUAUUAAUUUGUAUAUGUUAGGACACAGUUAACAUUAUGAAAGCCGAAGGUUAUACAUUUCCUGCGCUCAAAGAAAGUGAUGCAAUGUUUAGUUCAGAUGUAGCUCCUGGUUGGGAAGAUUCUGAUUGUUGUCAUCGAUGCCGUGUUAAAUUUGGAAUGGUUCAACGAAAAGUAAGUUUUUUAUGUAUUUGAUACUAAUAUAAUAUAUGUUACAGUAAAAUAUAUUAAAAUGGUAAAAACAAUAUUCCUUUGGAAGUCACAUAUUUGUAAAUUAUAAUAAACAUAAUUUGCAAGGUUUAACUGUUUAGGUGUUUACAUGAAUUUUGAAAAAUAUUAUUAACUAAUGUAUACAGUAGACUCUCGAUAAUCCAGUAGAUAUCAGACCAGAGAACUGCCGUAUUAAUGGAAGUCCACAUAAAAAUAAUUUUUUACUUAUUGUAAAACUUUAAUUUAUUGUAUUAAAAUAUGUAAAUAAUACAUACAUACUGAUUUAUGCUGAUACAACACAAUAUAUAUGCUUUUCAUGUCAACAUUAACUGAAUAAAAACAUAAUAUCUAAUCUGUUCAUUUGGACUUAAUCAGUUAGUUUUAUUGUUCACGAUAAUAAUUGUAUUGUUUUUACAACUAAAAAAUAGCCGGAUUACUGGACCUACCUAUUUAUCGCACGCCUGGUUUACCGAGUCUGUUGUACUUAACAUUUGUACUACUUUAAAAUUAAUAUUUCUGAUGAUUAAUAGUAAUCUAUUCAAACAUAUAGGUAGAGUAGAAUUAAAUUUUAUUGUUGUCUGAUGUUGACUAUACAUAAUACAAAUUGUUUAUCUUUUAUACAAAUUAUACAUAAUUAUUUUCUAAACUAGUUAAUUACUUAUUCAUAACAUCAAGAAAUUAAUGUUAUUUCCUUAUCAUUUCUGACUGUUUUUUAAGUAAUAAUAUAUAUUUAUGUAUAUAUAUAUAUAACAUAUAAUAAAACUGACAUGAAGUAUUUUGAAUAUUUAAAUAAUCUUGAUUCUUGAGUUUUGUUUAGAGAAACUAAAGACAUUACAGCCCAAUAUUAUUCAUAAUAUUGUGAUCAUUUUAUAUUGUUAUCUUUACUGUUGAACAUUCUUUAUAUCAUAAGUGUACCAUUCUUUUGAUAAAAAUUAAAAAAUAAAUAAAUUAAUAUUGUUAUGAGUGUAUAUUAUUGUUUUUUUUUAGCAUCAUUGUCGCGCUUGUGGACAAGUUUUUUGUGCACAAUGUUCAUCACGCUCUUGUACAUUACCAAAAUUUGGUAUUGAAAAACCUGUACGUGUUUGUGAAGCUUGCUUUGAAAAAUCUCAAAAGUAUAUAAUUCAUUUUAAUUCAAUUUAUGAAAUAUAUUUUAUAUAAAAUUAACUACUAUUACUCUGUUGAAACAAUUUAUUAUAUUUUUCUUAAUUUGUAUUAUAUUAAUAUUUGGUUUAUAAUUUAGACCUAAUCAAAUGAAUAAAGGAUCAGAUGAUUUGCCUAUAGAAUAUCUUACUAGUUCUUUGGCUCAACAAAACCAAGUAAGUUUUUUUUUUUCAUAUUUAUCAUUGUUUAAAAUGAAUUUUUAAAACUUGAAAUUUCUUUAUUUGACAAAUUAUUUUGCAAAUUAACAAAAAUCAUACAAAAUUUCCAUGUAAAUUGUUUUGUUAAAAGUUAACUGCUAUUGAUACAUCCAAUAAUCUUAAACAAUUAUACCUAUGCCAUUAUUUCAUUAACAAUUUAUUUAAGCUAUAUAAGUUCUAAAUUUAAAAAAACCUCAAAUCUUUGUUAAAAGGUACCGGCAGCGAACCGAAAGACUGAAGAAGAACUAAGAGAAGAUGAAGAAUUACAAUUGGCCUUAGCUUUAUCUCAAUCUGAAGCAGAACAACAAAAAGUAAUUAAAAAUUUAAAAAAAAUGUAUUUUCACAUUUCUAAAAUCAAAAUAUGAUUACUGUUAUUUUUUCUUUUAGGUACCCUAUAUGAAUUCAACUCCAGUCACUCGAUUGUAUUCUUCACCUCCUGCAGUAAAAUAUAUUUUGUUUAACUUUAUAACAUUAAUUUUAAUUAAUCAUUUUGAUUUGUUAGGUUAAAGAAGAAAAUGAUGAAGUUGAUGAAGACUCUGAAAUGGCUCUUUAUUUAAAUAGACCGUACUGGGAAAGAAGGACCGAGCAGCAAACUAAACCAGUUGUAGAAUAUGAGAAAUUUGAUAAUUAUGUUCCAACAAAUGUAUGUAUAAGUUGUGUUUCUAAUAUUUUUAUUUUUAAUUCCUAUUUAUUAAUUUUAAUUCUAAAAUAUUUUAGGCGAGUGCUAUUCAGCCAACAAAUACUGUAGUAAAUCCAAUUUUGAAGAAUGAGCUAUCUGAUGACUCUGAACAAAUGGACUUGUUUAUAACUUCUGUAAGAUCACAGUUAGAAAUAUUUGUUAACCGUAUCAAAUCAAAUUUAAGCAGAGGUAGAACAGUUAUUAAUGGUGGUUCAUUAGAAACUUUUUACUCAAAAAUUACUCCCAUGCAUCAAAAACUAUUGCAAUACAUUCAACAACAAGAUGAAGAAAGGUGUAAGUAUUUAUAAAAUAUAGUAUUUUAUCUAAGUUACGAAUUACAGGGAUUUUAUUUAUAAGUUGGUCAUGUUUGAUCAUAAAUAAAAUUCUUUUUUUCUCUAGUUUAACUGACAGCAGUGAGGGAUUUGUUCUCACACUACUUGACCACCAAAAAAAAAUUCUUAGUUAUCUUAGUUCAGAUAUAUUAAACUGUAUAUGUUAUGUUAAUGUUAAUGUUAAUUGUGUAAGUUAUUAAAAGAAUUGACUUCACCACUUAUAAAUUGAUUAUUGCCAACUUCAGGAUGUUAAGAAAUAUAACAUAUUAAAUAAAUAUGUAGUUCAAACAAAAAUCACUAAAUCCUUUUUCAGUGUAUUUUGAAAGAUUACAAGACAAAUUAGUCCAAAUUAAGGAUACCCGUGCUGCGUUGGAUGCAAUGCGAGAGGAUCAUAAAGCUGCACUUCAGCAAGAAGCUGCGUUUGCAGAACAACAGAGACAAAUUCAGUUGGCAAUGAAAUUAGAUGUACUGAGACAAAGAAAACAACAAUACCAACAAGUAAUUUUUUUUUUUUUUUUUCGAAAAAUUUGUUAAUAUUAAUUUUGGUUGCUUUAUUUUUUUCAUUUUUUUUGUUCUUCUUAUAGUAUCAACAUCAAAUGACACUUCAGCAAGUGCAACAGCAAGAACAAGAAAUGGCUAUGAGAAUGGAACAUCAAAGGCAAAGUUAUCUUAAUAAUAGCAUGUAUGGUCCAACUUCUUUGCCAAGUGUGCCUACUGCACCUAAUUCUUAUAUGUCAUCCAGUCCUAGUGAGUAAAACUAUUGACACUUUUUUGAAUUACCCUAAAAAUUAUAUAAACUUAUUACUACUAUAUUAUUACUAUUAAUAUUAAAAAAAAAAAAAAAAUCUAUACAUGUGUUCAACUUAUAAUUAUUUUACUAAUUUUUUGAUUUGUAGUUUUAAAAAUAUAUAUUGCCAUAGAUAUUUAAAUUGGUUUAUAAUUUACCAUUUACAAUAUGAACCAUGGACUUUUAUAUUCUCUGUUUACUGGAUGAUUGUAAUUGUGUAUUAACCAAACCAGGGUUUAUUUCAACCAUAAGAUCAGUUUUCUCUUAAUGGGUAAACUAUGCACAAAACAAUCAUAUUCUCCUGAUGGAUGUAGUAUAUAGUUUAAUUUUAUUAAACAUAAGUAGUUUUUUUUUCAUACUUAAUAGUUAAUAUAUUGUAUAUUUUUUUAUAGGUACAUUGAUGACUACUCGAGUUCAAGAUAGUGGUAUAAGGUAUCCUCAAGCAACAGAAUCAGGUCACUUUCAACAUAUUUCUCAACCACCUCAAGGUAUAUAGUAUUUUAAAUACUCAACAAAAUAAUAAUAAUUAAUAAACUUAAUGUACAAAUUUGUAUGCAGGUUUUGUAGGAAGACAAGUUCUACCCCCGAAUCAAAGCGGAAUGAACCAACCAGUGAAUUUACCUACUAAUGAACCGAACAAUUUGGCCCAAAUCAAUUCAAACAUUCCACAGGCUAUUUAUCAAUCUCAAAUGGCACCAAUAGCAGGCACUAUAAAUUCAGGGGUUCCUAUUAAUUCAUCAAUGAAUUCCAUACAUCCACCUCAUGUUGUAGGCCUCCCUCACUCACAAUCUAUGAUACCACACCAUCAACCACCACCCAUAUCUAAUAUGGGUUCACAACAACUUCCAGUAGGACAGCCAAUGAUACCCGGUCAACAUCAACCGCCAAUGAUACCCAGUCAACAUCAACAACCGAUGAUACCCGGUCAACAUCAACAGCCAAUGAUGGGCCAGUUGCCUCCUAUGCCUUAUGGUGCGCCCGUGCAUAUGGGGCAGUAUGGUUCUGUGCCUAUACCUAGUCAACAAGUCAAUCCACAGCCCUCUGCACCAGACCAGCCAGAACAACCUCAGGUUGCAGAGUUAAUUAGUUUUGAUUGAUUCAUCUUAAAUAUGCUUUUCAUUCCAAAUAUUCACAUUUUAUUUAUCACAUUUUUAACAUUUAUUGAAACAUUUAUAUUAUAUUAUUAUUUUAACUUUGUGGGUAUUUUUAUUAAAAUAUUGUUUAUUAUAUACAAAUUAUAAAUAUUAUAAAUUAAAAAUAUAUAAAUAGUGCAUUACAAAUCAACAUGGAAAACAAAUUUGUUAAACUGUCUAUACUAAAACAUAAAUUGUACAAUUUUUACCAUGCACAAAAUUCAGGGUUAAUCAUUUGGUCAAAUUCAGCAACAUCGUUUUGGCAAUAAUAGCAUGGCAUUAAUAAUUUUACAAUAUUUAUUAUUACAAAAAAAAAAAAACUGUUUAGGCAGGCCUUCAGCCAUAAUAAGGUGUUCUCGUGUACGGGGUUCUGUUGUCCUCUUCUUUUAUUUUUUCAUAAUAACUAUAAGUCACCCACCACAUGAACACAUAAACACCUGUAAAAUAGGUAUUAGUAAUAAUUAGAAAUGUAUAACUAAACAUUUGUAUUAAAUACUGUUUUGGAUUAUAUUUAUUUAAAACUUACAGACAAACAAUAAGCCAAUUACAAGCACUGCAAUGCUAGUGAUGUAGUAUUUAUGAAUCAAAAAGUCAAUGGCGGUGUAUAUCACUGAUAUGACUAGUCCGAUACACAACAUAAUUGUUAACACAAUCCAAGGAAGCAUCAAUGUUUUUUUUCUCUAAAACAAAAUAACCAUAUAAUAAAAGAUUAUAUUCUGUACAUUUAUUAUCUCUUGUUUAGAUAAGUACCGUUAAAACUCCAGCUAAUAACAGGGAUGAAAUCAAUAUUGUCAUAAGCAGAUUGAUGAUAACAAUGACUGUAAC